CGCGUGAUUCAGCUGAUGGCAGCUGAAGUGCUCGAAAUGCUGGAUAUCGUUGACAACACGGAAAACAAUUAGGCGCUAUGAAUUUGUGAAUUUUAGUCAGGGUCAUGUCCCAAACUUCCAAAAUGUCAACAAGAAAACAACGAGGAGACUACGAUGGCAAGAUAGCCGGACUAUAUGAUCUGGAGGACACAAUCGGUCGAGGCCAUUUUGCCGUAGUGAAGCUUGCAAGACAUGUCUUCACUGGCGAGAAAGUAGCGGUGAAAGUCAUUGAUAAAACAAAAUUAGAUGAAGUAUCCCGUGCACAUUUAUUCCAAGAAGUUAGAUGCAUGAAACUUGUGCAACACCCGCAUGUUGUGCGGUUAUAUGAAGUGAUUGAUACUCAAACAAAGUUGUAUUUGAUUCUGGAAUUGGGCGAUGGUGGUGAUAUGUACGAUUAUAUUAUGAAACACAAGGCAGGUCUCCAAGAAAGUGCUGCCAGGAUAUAUUUUAGGCAGAUAGUGGAAGCUAUUUCCUAUUGUCACAAACUUCAUGUUGUUCACAGGGAUUUAAAGCCAGAAAAUGUUGUGUUCUUCGAGAAAUUAGGAAUAGUUAAAUUAACAGACUUUGGUUUCAGUAAUAUGUUUAAUCCAGGGAAGCAGUUAGAAACAUCGUGUGGUUCACUUGCUUAUUCAGCACCCGAGAUAUUAUUGGGGGAUGCUUAUGAUGCUCCUGCAGUAGAUGUCUGGAGUUUAGGUGUUAUAUUAUUUAUGUUAGUAUGUGGUACCCCACCAUUUCAGGAAGCUAAUGAUAGUGAAACAUUAACAAUGAUUAUGGAUUGUAAAUAUAAAGUACCUAGUUCCAUUUCCACAGCUUGCCAACAAUUAAUAUCAAGAAUGUUGAUUAGAGAGCCAUCAAAGAGAGCUAAUCUAGGUGAAAUAUUAAAUAAUCCAUGGUUAGCGUAUGGUUUAGAAUAUGGCGUGGAUUACAUGCCGUCAAAUGUACCUCUAAUAUCUAGAGAACAUAUCUCGGACGAAGAUCAUGAUUAUGUCAUACAAAAAAUGGUGGAAGGAAAAAUAGGAUCUAAAGAUGAAAUUCUAGAAUCAUUAGAAAAGGAUGGCUACGAUCAUAUAGCAGCUACUUACUAUCUUCUAGUUGAACGACGUCUUAAAAAACAUGAACAAGUACAGAAUCAACAUGCUGCGGCCAUGACACAUCUACGUAAAAAAUCUGAUGCAGGACAUCAUGGCAAGCCUCAUCUUGAACCUUUAUCUUUAUCACCACGGUGUGGGCCUGUUGAAGAAUUUGCCUUUGGCGAAAAGUUUACUACUAUUACUAGCAAACAGAAAGAGCUAAAGAAGACUAAAACAGCACCCAUAGGAUUUCAUACUCAACAGCAAAGUCCCCAUGAUAUUGUUUUUAGUUCCCCAGUGGGGCUGACCAGUCCCGAGUUGAAACCUUCCUUUGUUAAAUGCAUCACUGACUCAAUGACCCUUGAUCGGAAAAACAGUCAGAAUAAAAAGAAAGGAAUGAUAUCUGGAUCUGUCAGUCCCCAAGUUGAUAUUAAACCAUUAUCAGUGUCUGAAGAACCUAUGGUACCUGUCAAAAAACUUGAGGCAAAAUCACCCAAGAAACCCCAUAAAUCUUUCUCUAAAAUUGCAAUCCUCAGCUCAUUCUUUGAACGGAAAGCUGUGGCUUCUGCUUCUGGUAACACCCCAGCUGCUGAAAGAAAAGCUGGGUUUUUCGUCAAACAUGGAAAUCGCAAAAAAUCAGAGAAAGUGAAGCUGAGGGUGAUAUCAUCAAAGAUUGUCACACCUAACUCUCCUGGUAUGGAGGGAAUAGAGACUCGUUUCCAGGGGGUUAUGACACAUAGUCACAAGGAACAGAAAGACAUUGGGUACGUACAAUCUCUGGUAUCACCACCUGGAACACAUCCUACCUCCUCCACUUCACCGUCUGCUAAUAGACAUCCAAACACACCUGAGAAAAAACUGAGAUUUCGCAAAUGUAGCUUGAUAAAAGAAGAAUCAGUAGAACAUGUAUCAUCAUCGUCGUCGUCUCGGAACUACAUGGAAGUAGAUGUUGAGCCCAGACCUGUUAAAUCUAUGGAGAAUCUACUGGAUAUUGGAGAAGAAGAAAAACAUGCCAUGUCACUUCUUAAAGUAACGUCACCAAAUCAUGAUCAGCACAAACGCUCCCUCAAGUCUGUCUGUAGUUCUCCGCAAUUACUUAAUCAGAUUUUUGAGGAGAACGAAUCAGACGAUGAAGAUGAUCUUGUUCCUUCUAAGUUUCAAUCCAAUGCAAUGUUUGUCAAGCAUAGUGGAGUCGCAUCGCCAGAAAUCUUACGCAAGUAUGAACAGCGAACCAAACGACGUGGAACGGGUCAACGAGGUACAAGCUGUAGCAGCUCCGACGCAAGUGAUACUGAUGAGACGGAGGGUAGAUCACGUAAAGAUAAACUCAAACAUAAAUUCGCUCACAGGCGGGAUAGCAGUGAUCAUUCUAGUGAUACCGAUGGACCGAGUGGACAUGGAGGUAAUUUUGGAAGUGGUGCUCAGUUUAAUGGCGGAAGUAGUAGUGGUGGCAGUGGCGGGUCAGGACCCUCAAACUCUCAGGAUAAGAACAGUAAAGAUUACGGUGGCAAAGACAAUAGUGGCAGUAAGAAUUCAAAAGGACAUAGACAGAAUCAUAUAGGUAACAGUCUAGAUAGAAAUAUGAAAGUGCUUACAAAUCGUCUAAGUCAGUUAAGUGCCAACUCAUUCUCUAGUAGUGACAGCUAUAAUUGUAGUCCGCAGAAUAAUAUAGUCAACCAGCGUUCUUUCAGCUCCUUGUCAGCUCAAUAUAUAGGUCACACUGACACCGAUUCAUUGAUGGAAAUUCAGGAAAGAGAAUUUAGUGAGAUUGGUCAAGAAUAUGAAGUAGCAGAGAAGCGAGCUAGGGCAUCUUUAUGUUCAGAUGAUUGUAUUCUCAUGCAACAAAAUGGCCAGAAGUCAAAUUGUAAAAUUACGACAGAUAUUAAUAGUAAUGGUGUUCCACCAAGUUUCUGUAAACCAGAUAUAUCUCAUUGUUUAGUUGUACCUAAUGUAGAAUCUAAAUGUUGCUCGGUCGUAUGAUUUCAAUAAGUGUAUUAAUACAUAAUAUCAUAAUACUAAAGCUCAACCCUUUAUAUCAUAAUUAAGAUAUUUCUAUAUUAGUCAAUUAAUAUAACUUGCAACUUAUUUUAACCUAUAAAAUACUGAUAUAUGAUAUUCAUACCCAAAUUUAUUUUUUUUUGUUAUACCAAAAAUAAUUAUGUCAAUUAUUUGGACACAAUGAUAAAGAGAUUCUUUGUGAAUCUUAAACAUGCUCAUACAUGUAUCAUAAAUUAUACCUUUCUGAAUUUUUGAUUUCACCUUCAUCUUUCGUAAAAAUGCCAUUUACACAAUUUUAAUGUUUUAUCAAAUCACAAGUUUUUAUCCUCUUAUCACACAUUCACCAAUCUUUGACUAAAUAUAUUAUUAUGAGUUAACAGUACUGUUAAUAUCUUUUAAAAUGUAUAAUCACAAUAAAGAGUUGUCAGGCAUUAUUUCUAUAGUUACCUUGUUAUUGUGCUAUAUCAAUUCAAUUUUUUUUUUUUUUUUUUUUUUUUUAAAUUCACAAUAUCACUGGAUUAUUUAUACGUAUGUUUUAAGUGUAGGUAGAAAAAUAUUCUAAAAGUAGUUGAUUCAUUUUAGUCAUUUUGAGUAAAAAGGGUAUUUGUCGUAUGUACAUGUACUGCACUCAGAAUAGCAAGUUCUAAAUUUGGAUGAUGAAUUCUAUUGGUCUUGACCUUAAUGCUUUAUAGACGGAAACUCACACACCGCUAUAUUCUUUUUUUACUUAUUUAUAAUAAAGUCAAUCUUCAUUUUCUUCAUCCCUGUAUUAAAAAGCUUUAUUUUUAAGUGUAUCAUUGUUAAUCUAUUCAGACUGGGUUUAAGAUAGGAGAGUCAUGUUUUCAAACAAUUUUAUUAAAGAAAAUGUUGAUAUUUUCAGCAUUUGUGCAUAUGACAUAUCUUAAAAUAUGUAGCAUGGGAAUAUAAACAAGCUUGUCUGUUGAUUUUAGAUAUACAUGUAUACCGGUAGUUGAAUUUAUUAUAGAUUAUUUUAAUACCAAAUACAUUUUAUUUUCUAAUACAUACUGCUGCCGUUAUUAUUAAUCUUAUUUGGAUUCUGAUUCAGUUUUCAAUUGAUAUUAUUAAAAGUACAAGAUUGGGAUAAACAAUGCAAUUAUUAGUGUUUCCAUAAGGUUUCGAGCGCCGAUUGUUAGAUAUUCUUAAAUGUAUACUAAUAUUACUAAGGACAUAAUUUUGAAUGAUGGUUUAAUUUAUUUGUACAGAUUAAUUAAAUAAUUAGUUUAAUCGCUGAUACAUAUGAAUCUGUUCAUUCUAUAUGUGUAUGAUACAUAGAAUUGUAAUUGUUAAUGUCCAUUUUGUUAUUAUUGUUAUGAAAUAUGAUCAUCAUAUUUGUUAUUGUAAAGAUCGAUUUGUUAUUAGUAAGUGCCUGAGAAUUGUUAUAUCUAGAAUACAGUACAUUAAGUUUAGGGCAUUACGCUUAAGUUCAAAGCACCAAACCAUCAAGCAAUAUUUCAAUAUUUUAAUUUGGCUAUAAAUUUAUAAUACUUAAUAACUUGUGAUUGAUAUGGAUCGCUAUUUUAUCUGAAUUUGGUUUGAAAUUUUCUGAACUUGAUAUUUACUGUUCAACUAUUUCGUCUUCAAAUGCCCUUAUAUAGCUUCAAAUCCAGUAUGGACUUUUCCUGUGUUUUAAGUUAUAGUAAUAAGUCGUUAUAUUUUGGAAGUUAAAUCCUGUGCUGGCAUAGGUUUAUGUAUAUACAGGAGAUAUACUGCAUACAUUAUACAUAUAAUUACAUCUAGUUGAUUUACUGUAUAUUUUGUAUAUUUAAUCUGUGUUGUGAGUCAUGUCAUGUAUAAUAUAUUUAAUUUAUGUGAUUGAGACAAAUCUCAAGAUAGGCUAUGUAUGUAUGUAUGCAUUUGUUCGUAUUUCUCAAGUUAUUUUCAAACGCUUUCUUUUUCUUUUAAAUUGGAAGUUUAUUGUGACUUUGUGAACAUCAAAGAAGUGUAAUUUAUGACGUCUACCAACUCUGAUAUCCUAAAUCUACAACUAUUUUAAAAUUAGCUUUAGCUUCUCGGUAUGAAUUAAUUUGUCAACGACUAUUUAGCUUACUUUAUUUUUGUGCAAUUCAGUAUAGAAUUGUGCAAACUAUUAAUAGAUUCAAAGAGCUCAUUUCUGAAAUGUCAUAGAUGCCAGCCAUUCCAAAUAUUUGAUGAAUUGAGCAUGGCAUUCCAAGAUGUCUGAUGUCAAAGAAGUGGCCCCCAACAAGAAAAAAACUAGCAACUUUCAUUGAAAAUAGCAAAGGAAAUAUGUCCCAGAAUUACUUGAGUGAAUCAAUUGGGUUUAAUCUGUGUGGGUGACCCAUAGAAACCUUUACCCUAGUCAUGUAAAACUGUUUAAAGUUCUGUUGUAUUUUUCUCUGAAAUACACACCUUUGGCUUCCAUGUGGUUAGUGAUAAAUUCAACCCUUUCCCUAAGUGCCUGAAUAGCCAUGUCUACAUAUUUGUCCAAGGUACAGUUGUAAGUGAUCAUCAAGAUCAUCAAGCUACUCAUAACAAUGGAAUUCCUCUCUGUUAAGUAAAUCUAGCUUUGAACUGAAAUUUUCAAACAGGCUGUUUGGGUUAUUUCUUUACAUUUUGACUUUUAAUUUGCAUACUUUUAAUCAAUGGGUGUCCUGUGAACUCUGUGGCUGCUCCUUUAAAGAAUAUACAUGUACAUGUAUUAUAUUUGAGCUUUUUCAAAUAGGUGCGUGUAAGGAAGAUAAAAUUCAAAUUUGUUUGGCUUGGAUGGCAUUGAUGUUAUUUUAUUUAAAUAAAUUAUGUCUUUGAUAAAAAUUGUAACUAAGCAAACAUUCUAUUAUAAAGUUAAUACAACCUAUAUCUAUAAAUUAUAUAUUAAUAAUUUAACUGGGUACUAAUCAGUAUGUUAAAUAUCAGAAUCUGUUGAGGGAAUUUGAACUUUUUCUGAAAACAGUACUACUGUUCAGUAUUAUAUUUGGUUGAAGAAAAAUGUUUAAUAAUAGAAUUUGAUACAAAUAUAAUAAAGCUUCUAUUGUUAUUCUUCAUGCUUUCAAACUUUCCAUUCAUAUUUCAUUUCAUUCAUGUAUAUUAUAACAUUGAAUUUAAAUUUUUAACAAAAAUACUGAUUAAUGGGGAUUAUUCAUAUACAUUACACUAGUCAUCACACAUAUUUUAAAUUGUAUUCAAAAUGACUUAUUAACAUUAAUCAUCAUCUGUAUUUCUAACAUAAUGUUGUACAAAAUAAUCAAGAAUUUGCAAGAUGUGUUAGUAAAUGAAAUUAUGUAUACAUGUAUGUUUCUAUUAUUCUUGUUCUGUCUUCCUUUUAUUCCUCUAAUUCAUUUAUUCUUUCUUUCUUCCCUUUUAUCUGCAUGUUGAUACUAUGUUCUGCCUAUUACUAUUGUAAAGUCUAUUUUGAAUAUGUGUUAGUGGUAUUUUUUUUAUGUUCUACUGUACAGUUCCUCAUGGCACCCUAUCCAUUGGUUGGAUUCAAAUUCACAAUAACCAAUAAUAAUUUGUCCCGUAGUCAUUAAAUUUUCACUUGAAAUAAGGUUUUUAAUUAGUUUUUAAUUGUCAGCCUGUGUUAAUAGGAUUUUAUAAUUGAUAAAAAUAAGGUACCAUAUUCUUUUAAUUCACAAAUUUUCUUUACUUCCUUCAUCUUGAUUUGUAUAAACAAAAGCCAUCAUCCUUUGUGAUUUCAUUUUUGUACACACAGCACUGACACAGAUAAAGGAGAUCUUGGACAUGAUUUUUGGCGGGGUUUCAAAUCUGGUGCCUUUUAUUUUUUAAUUUCAAAAAUGAUUUUAGUGUUGAUUGUAUUUUAGUUUAAACUUGUUCUAAAUUCAGAUUUUAAGUAUGUUUUAAUUGGCUUUAAUUGACUUCUAUGCAGUCCUCAUUUUGUGUUUUAUUUAACCUGUGUUAUAGAGAGUCAAAUUAUAUGUAAACACUAGUAGAAUAUCACUGUAUAUAAUAAUAAUAAUGUGUUUUAGUUUAUACAGCUCCCAACCAAUGUAUAGCUGUAGUUUAACCCUCCCUCAAUAAUGUAAUAAAACUGUGUAUAAAAAUC